AUGGGAACAUCGCUAGAAGACAUUAUUAAUUCAUCCGGAGAACAUGAGAAGCAUGUAGAGAACGUCACUUACAUGAAUGCUUCGUUGUAUAAGGCAGCAGCAGAAGGAAACAUUGAAGUAUUCAAUAAUCACUCAGAGCUUGCACUUGAAUCGCAAAAGACCCCAAACAAUGACAACGUGCUCCAUGUUAACUUGGCGACCCACGAGCUUGCUGCCUGCCUUUCUAAUGGAAUUCUCUCAAGAACUAGAUCCUUCCCCGAUUUAUAUUUUUUCAUCUUUACGUUUUUGUCGAAUUACAUUAUUAAGAAAAAAAGUGAAAAAAGAUUAGAUUUUAUCGAGCAAAUUCUUGGCAAGUGUCCGUCACUGCUACUCCAAACGAAUGCUAAAGGUCAAACUCCCUUGCACGUUGCAGCAAGGUAUGGACAUUCUGCUAUUGUGAAACUUCUAAUCAGGUCUUGCGCAAAAGCUAGAGAUGGAGAUUUAGAGAAGCUGGAAAUGGGCCAAGUAAAUGCAGUGAGAGAGAUGCUGAGGAUUACGGAUCAGGAAUCUAACACGGCUUUACAUUUAGCAGCACAGUAUGGCGAUAUUGAAAUGGUGGAAGGAUUGUUGGAGCUUGAAGGCCCUGAUUUUCCGUAUUCUGCCAACCAAAACCAGGAGACUCCACUUUACUUAGCAGCUAAGAGGGGAAACGGCGACGUGGUGAGAAUAUUAUUAGAUAAAUCGAAAUCUACUGGUCAUAGGGGGCCCCACCGUAGAACACUUUUGCAUGCAGCAGCUAUGGGUGGAAGUUCAUGGGCAAUAAUGGUAAUAUUAGAGAAGAAAGGGAAUUUGACAAAGGAAACAGAUGAAGAUGGGCACACCCCUCUUCAUUAUGCUGCACACAUAGGUUGGAAUCCUGUUGUGAAAAUACUGUUAAAAAAGGAUGUAUCAGCUGCUUAUAUGGGUGAUAAAAAGUUGGGGAUGACACCCCUUCUGAUGGCAGCCAGGCAAGGUUUUGUUGGAACAGUAAAAACGAUUCUCUCUUAUUGUCCGGAUUGUUGUGAAAAAGUGGACCAAAGAGGUUUGAAUCUUCUUCAUUAUUUGGUUUUUAGAGACAAAUCCCGUACAUUAAAUCGUUCUCUUUUCAUGCCUGCUAUUAUCAUCACUGAAUAUGGAUCAAUCAGAAAUCUAAUGAAGUUGCAAGGUGACUUUGGAUUUACACCUGAAGAAGUUUAUCAUGCACUAAGAUAUGAGGGUGAUCACGAGAAAUAUCUGGAUGAAAAGAAGCAAAUUCAAGAUUUGUUGAAAGAUAUUGCACUUGAAGAAGUAGCCGAGAUACAUGUUUUGCACAUUCCCUUAUCAACAACUGUCUCUACAGAAAGCUUGGAGAAGACAAAAAAUGCUCAUUUAGUAGUGGCAGCACUUAUAGCCACCGUUGCAUUCGCAGUGGCAAUAACUGUUCCUGGUGGUUUGAAGAGUGGAAAGGGGUCAGAGCAAGGCACUCCCCUUUUGAUUGAUGAGGCUGCCUUUAAAGCAUUUGUUGUAACAAAUGCAAUGGCCUUUCUUUUCUCUGUUUUUGCCCUCACCACCCACCUUGGGGUUCUGGAAAAUAUAUUAUCACGAUUUAGUUUUUGGCAUGAAACAGUUUUAUAUCGAACUCAGAUGAUUUCUGGGCUCCUUGGCUAUGCAACGAUUGCGAUGGUGAUAGCUUUCAGCACAGGCAGCUAUGUGAUUUUAAAACCUUCUCGCGGACUUACCAUUGUUUCAUGUCUCAUCUGCCCUACCUUUUUACUUGCCAUUGUUUUACAUGUAUGGCUAGUUUUCAAUGUUACAUUUUAUGAGUUAUGA